GCGGAGCCCGGGGGCGGCCCAGGGAGGCCCCGCCCAGGAGCCACCUGCGACAGGUGGAGCGCGAGGCCCUGGGCGCUCGGCCAUGACCGCGGAGGGCGCCGGGCUGGGACCCGGGCUGGGACCCUGGCUGGGACCCGGGCCGGGGCUGCUCUGCCCGGAUCACGGCCAGCCGCUGCACUGGUUCUGCUGCUCCGAGCGGCGGCUCGUGUGCGCCGCGUGCGCGGGACUGAGCGGCCGCUGCCGGGGGCACCGCAUCCGCCGGGCGGAGGAGCGCGCCGAGGAGCUGCGGAACAAGAUUGUGGACCAGUGUGAGAGGCUGCAGAUACAGAGUACUGGCAUCAGCAAGUACAUGGCUGAGGUCCUGCCGGGGAAGAACCAGAGAGCCAUGAGCAUGGCCAGUGCAGCGCGGGAGCAGGUCAUCCAGCGGCUGAGUCUGGUGAGGAGUCUGUGUGAGAGCGAGGAGCAGCGGUUGCUGGAACAGGUGCACGGGGAAGAAGAGCGGGCCCACCAGAGUAUCCUGACACAGCGUGUGCACUGGGCUGGGGCGCUGCAGAAGCUUGACACCAUCCGCACCAGCCUGGUGGACAUGCUCACCCAUCUGGAUGACCUCCAGCUCCUUCAGAAGGAGCAGGAGAUUUCUGAGAGGACCGAGCAAGCAGAAAGCAUUUUGGAUCCCCAGGAGUCGGAGAAGUUAAACUUCAGUGAGAAGUGUACUUGGAGUCCACUCUUGACUCAGCUCUGGGCGACGGCGGUUCUCGGGUCCCUCACAGGUGUGGAGGACGUGCGGAUCGACGAAAGGACUGUCAGCCCCUUCCUGCAAGUGUCAGACGAUCGAAGGACCCUGACUUUCAGCACCAAGAAGUCCAAGUCCUGCACAGAUGGCCCAGAGCGCUUUGACCACUGGCCCAAUGCCCUGGCCACCACCUCCUUGCAGCCCGGGCUGCACGCCUGGGUGGUGAACGUCCAGAACAGUUGUGCCUAUAAGGUGGGCGUGGCCUCAGGCCAGCUGCCCCGCAAGGGCUCCGGCAGUGACUCCCGCCUGGGCCACAACGCCUUCUCCUGGGUCUUCUCCCGCUACGACCGGGACUUCUGUUUCUCGCAUGCCGGGCAGCACGAGCCCCUGGGGCUGCUGCGUUGCCCAGACCGGCUGGGCGUGCUGGUGGACUUGCAGGCACAAGAGCUGCUGUUCUAUGACCCGGCCUCGGGCACAGUGCUCCACAUCCACCGCGCCCCAUUCCCGGGGCCCCUUUUCCCAGUCUUUGCUGUGGCUGACCAAACCAUUUCCAUCGUCCACUGACCCUGGGCCACAGCGGGGCCUGGCCCGCCUCCCCGCCACCCUCAGAUCAUGUUUCUACCCAGUGUCCUUUUUCCAAACACGUGUGGCCUUUGUAAGGCAAACAGGGUCCAUUCCCAGUGGGCAGUUUUGAGGGUAGAGAGUGGACCUCCAUUUCAGAUCUGGGUGUAACCCUUAACUGCUGGGAAUCUGUAGGUAAGCUGCUACUCCCUGGGCUUCAGUGUCCCGUAUCCACCCUGCAUCUGUCCGUGAGGGUGUCUUGUUCACUACUUGAUAUCUGGCACCCAGCCUGGUGCCUGGUACCUAGUGAGUGUGCCAUCAGUGUUUGGUGAGGGAGUGGAUGAAUUGAGUAGGCAGGCAACUUCUGGAGAAGCACUACCUGUCAGCCCCCGUCCCCAGCUUUGAGUGUAUAGAAGGGUUUCUCUGGCAGAAAAUCCUGUGGCUGAAGCCCCUUCAUCCCCUUGGUUCAGUGCUUCUCUGUUUUUUACAUGACAUGGCACGUAGAGGAAAUACUGUAAUAUUUUUCUAGCACAUAAGGGAAAACUAGCAGGGAUUUAGAGCUCCUGCCAGGCUGUUCCUGGCCAGAGGACUCUGGCCUGGGGGCUGUGUGACCACCCACCCCUCAGCCCCAGGAGUGGCCCAGUCCUUCCAAAGAGGGGAUCAUAUUUCCAGGUAACCUGAUUGCAACACAGCCAUCUGCCACUGUCUCAGACCUGGCACCUGAGCUCUAGGUGGUGAUGGGGAUGAACUUUUUCCCCACACCUACUUCUACCUGGUGGCCCCUCUGACUUAAAGUGGAGACCUGGGGUGUGAGGGCUUCCAGACAGAAAGAGCUGAGGGAGAGCAAGGGCCAGCCUUCAGGGACACGUGUAUUAUUAAAGGUUUUCAAGGAUUUAAAAA